AUGAUUGCUCGACGAUUCCUUAAGAGCCCUGGCUCGAUCCGUCCCUCCCUCGCCGUAUCCCGUACGUUCGCCAGCACAACAUCUCUAUCUCGAACACCUGCCCUCGCAGACAUUACUCCCGCCGGUGUAAAAUCGUUCGAUGCAAAGCAGAAGGAGUUCAGAGAGCACGUAGCAGAGCAGAGGAAUAAGAGCAAGGCGGAGACAAGUCAUGCAGCUUCUGACGAUUUGAAUCUACACGAUGCAGGUGAACUAAAAGGCGCUUCUUCUGCAGAACCUGCCGAUGAAUCGGAGAAGAAGACAGGAAAGUUGAGCAGUUUGAUUUACGGCACGAAGGAAGGAAGAGAGCUGGAUCGGGAAAUUGAACACUCGUUCAGUCAGGUAUUGGCGAGAGGAAAGUAUGUUCACUCAAUCGUCUUCCACGAAGUGAAGCCCGAUAAGGUCGAUGAGUAUGUCGAGUUAGUUGGCAGCUGGUAUCCACGAAUGGCUGGAAUGGAAGAGAAUAAGGUCCAUCUGGUUGGAAGCUGGAGGACUGAAGUUGGAGACUGUGAUACAUUUGUCCAUAUUUGGGAAUACCAGCGAUACCACGGAUAUCACGACUCCCUCCACUCGAUUGCCAACCAUCCCGAAUUCCCUGCUUUCGACAAGAAGCUCAAGUCUCUCAUCACCACUAAACGAGUAUCCCUCAUGCAAGAAUUUUCCUUCUGGCCCACGACUGCUCCUAGACAACUUGGUGGUGUUUUCGAGCUCCGAUCAUAUACUCUGCACCCAGGCAAUCUGCUGGAAUGGGAGACACAUUGGCGUCGAGGCUUGAAGGCACGACGAGAGGUCAUGGAGGGAGUAGGAGCAUGGUUCGUGCAGAUUGGAGAGCUUAACACUGUUCAUCAUCUCUGGCAAUUCGCAGAUCUCGAGGAGCGAAAGGUCAGACGAGAGAAGAGCUGGAAUGUUGAGGGAUGGGGAGACACUGUUCACAAGACUGUGCCGCUGAUCCAGAGCAUGAAGAGUCGUAUUCUGAUCCCAAUGCCUUGGAGUCCUGUGGCUUAGAUGCAUACAUAUGUGGAACGAGAUACAGAGCCGGCUAGAGAUAUGCAGUGGCGAGAAGAGUGUGUUUGUGUAUGUUAGGCGGAGAUAUCAGCCACAACGAUAGCAAGCUUUCCUUGUGUUGCUUUCUUCUUAGUGGUUGUUGGGUUAUCAACAGUGGCCUUCUGAAGGCGUUAGAGGAAAGAAUACUAUAUCAUUCAGGAACCUCAAUCCGUCAAUGUCACUGCUGUUUUCAUUGUGAACCUAUCAAAAUCCAAGGCUCCUUACUCCAACUUCGAGGGUAUCAUCAAGUACAGUCGAGGUAUGAAUAAAGAUUCGAGCCAAUGCAAGCCUCAUGCAACCCCACGCUGCACACUACGCCUCGUAGCCUCAUUCCCAUUC